GGAUUCAGUGAUAAAACAUUAAAUCUAAUAGCAGAAUCGUACCCCAAUCUGAAGUAUCUCAACUUGGGAGGUCAUGGUGAUAGAUUAAUAACUGAUAAAGGUCUAUAUGCAAUCGCAAAUUCAUGCCAUAAAUUAGAAUAUCUGAGUAUUUCUGAUCGCAAGGAAUUUUCUGAAAUAUCGAUUUGGAAUGUUAUUCAUUCUUGUUCGAAGAUCCAACAGCUCGAUAUUUACAAAUGUGGAAUUACCUAUAGAACCAUCAAGGAAAUUAGAUUAUAUCUUAAAAUAAAAUAUAUUAAUCUGAAUACCGCCACCCAAUAUUUAAAAAAAAUUGAAACUGCUAUAGACAACAUUUCGAUCAGC